AUGUGGCAGGGCAGUUUGGAGCAGAGGUACAGAGAACUGUGCGAAGCUCAACUUCUGGUGCAGCAGCAGAAGCUGCAAAUACAGCAGCAGCAGCAGCAGCAGCAGCAACAGCAACAGCAGCAAAGCAUGCUUCAGAGGCAGCUGGACGACAAACAGGACGCCAAUGAGAAACUCCUCAGCGACCUUCAACAGCGCGACCUGCAACUGCAACAGGCGGAGCUCCUACUGCAACAGCAGCAACAAGACACAGCGCGCGCGCAGGCAGAACUUGAGCAGCAGCAAAGCACAGCAGAGAGGCGACAGCAACUGCUGCAGCAAGAAGUUGAUCGGCUGCAGCAGCAGCAGCAACUGCUGCAAAAGCAACUUUUGGAAGAGAAAGAUAAGCUCAUGCAGCAGCAGGAUGGAACGCUCCAACAGCAACAACAGCAGCAGCAGCAGUUGCAGCAGCAGCAACACAGAAUUCUUGAGCUGCAGCAAGAGCUCCAGCAAGAAACACAGCGCCACCAUCAGAGCGAAAAAGAAGCUCUCGAAGAAAGACAGAGCAUAGCUGCCGACCUGAAGCGCACUCAGCAAAAGGUAGAGGAACUGAAGCAAAGGCUACAAGAGCGGCGAGAGACGGAGGAACUGCAACAACAACAGCAACAACAGCUGGAGCAGCAAGUGGCUGAGUUGCAACAAGAAGCUGCAGCAGCAGCCACAGCUGCCGAAGAGCUACGGGCUAAGCAUAGGCAAUUAGCAGCAAGGGCUGCUGCAGCAGACGCGGAGCAGCAAAGACAGCGCACAAUUCUCAAUUCUCGCCAGAGAGCGCUAGAACAACUGCAGCAGAAGCUCACAGAGGAACAGCAGAGCCACACGACGACAAAAGAGAACCUUAAAUCAGUCGCAGCAGUGGCAGAGGCUACGGCAGCCGAGCAGCAGCUACAACUGCAGCAGCACAAGCAACAAAUAGAGGAGCAAGAACAACAACUCAAAUCAGCACAAGCAGAGGCGUUGAAAAAUGAGGCCAAUAUAAGAGCUCUCAAAGAAGUGCAGGAGCAACUUAAGGACGAGCUUAGGCGCACCCAGGCUGAGUGCCAGCGGGCCCAGGCAGAGGGGCGUAUGGCAGCAGCAAAAUUGCAGCGGCAGCAGCGGGAGUGGCAGCGGCAGCGAGAUGAACUGCAUCUGCGUUUGAAGAAUGGCAUAGAACAGUUACAAGUCAUUCUAGCGUCGACAAGCCAUGAGGACGCAGAGCUCCACGCCAUAUAA